GUUGAGCAGAGAUGGUGUUGAGAUGGUGUCGAGCGGCCUUUUGUUUCGUUUGAAUGUAUAUAGCGAGACGCAUGUCUUGAACAUGCCUCUCAACACAAAUUAUAUAAUUGUUGUUGUGUUUAUACAAGUUUUUGUAAAUUCUUCUUGUUCUAAUGCAAUGCAACCUAAUUAGAGGUGUUCUACUAGUUAAAAGUAUUUGCUUCUCAUGUUAAUUUGUUUGAUUGAGUCAAAAGAAUUUGAAAAACUUUGUGAUUGAAUUCUAUAGUAAAUGACAUAUUUAAAUAAAUAAAUAAAAAUAAUAAAUAUAGGGUAAUGCAAUUAACUUAAAAUAGAAUUAAUUCAUAUAAAUUUCAGAAUUAAUUCAUCUAAAUCAGUGUUAAUUAAAAGAGUAUUUGUCUAAUCUUAUUUUAAAGAGCUUAUCAGCUCUUGGAGCUGAAAUCCGCGUUCUACACAGUUCACCGGGAUUAGAAAAGCUGAAACGCUUCGUUCGAAACCCGCCUUCCGCAAGCCACAGCCUCCGUCGGUGCGUCGCUGCGUCGCUGCUGCGUUUCGGAUCCCCAUUCCGACAUUCUUAGUAGAGAAUCGAUGAUACACAUUAGAAGUCGGGCUUAUUAUUUCCGGAGGUGUAAAAAGGAGAGGCCAACAAACAUAGACUCCCUCCCCACAGACCUAUUGUUUGAAAUCCUCCUCCGUCUCCCGGCCGAUCAUCUCUACGAGACUGCGAUGCACGUCUGCCAGCGGUGGUACCACAUGAUCCAUUCUCAUGCCUUCAUCAACUCGCAGAUGCACGGUUCUACCUAUGGACUCCUCCUAUCACCCAUAAAGGCUAAAGCUCUGCCACUUUAUGUAACAGCCGACGCAGACGGCGGAAUCCACACAUCUGAGCUAAAUCACAUCCCCAGAUUGGGAGUUCUUGCUACCUGCAACGGUUUAGUUCUGGAGUUGGAUGACAAACGCUACCCUCGUCUUGCGAAUCCUGCAACGAAGCAGUCAUUCCUCCUCCCACCGUAUCCUAAAGGGUGUAUGUAUUACCAGUUCUACUGUGGUUUAGCAUGCUCUGCAGCUUCCUUAGCGUAUAAAGUGAUUGCACCAUCCCCUGUUUACCACUCGGCACCACUCCGACAAAUUGACCACGGUCUUGUCGUGCUCACUGUUGGAGUCGAUGAAUCCUGGAGGAACGUCGAGGUUCACCACCUCCCCGACCAUGUCAGGCGAUUUUUCUUCGACAAGGCUCCCUUGACUAGUGAAGGUUUCUUGCAUUGGGGAAGGGGGAGAUACUGCGCGACGAUGGAUGUGGAGAUGAAGGUCAUUACACUGAGUGAAGCCCCUUAUCAGUACCAUGAAAGCAACUAUUAUUAUCUGUCGACUGGGAGGUGUGUGUCGCUCCUGGUUGCGUGUGGGGAUCUGUCGUGGGAGGUUUGGGAGAUGAAGGCAGAGACAGGCGAGUGGAGGAAGGCGCUGCCCAACGUCGACUUGAGAGCUGAGAAAUGCAGGAUUCAACAGUUAGCUCCUGAAGAUGGUGCAGUUCCUGAGCCACUUGGUUGGGUUAAAUAUCCACAUGUUUUGGCCUUCGCCUUUUAUGGGAAGCAAUGCCGGCAUUGCAUUUCCUACAAUCUUGAUACGCAUCAACUCGACUCCAUAGAGCUACCGCAAAACUAUACUAAACGUUAUGCGGCUUUUCCGCAUAAGAAUAGUCUGAUGUGGUUACGUUAAAAGAGUAUUAGAAUCGGUAUUGUUUAUGAUCACUUUGUAUGGACAGAUUAUGACCUCACAAUUGCUAUUCCAUUGCAAAUCAGCGUGUAUUCUGUUUGAGAGUAGUUUGAAUGGAAUUAUAUAUG